AACAAACAAACAGCAACACCAGAAACUUCAAAAUUCUCCUCUCCUCACAUUUCAAUCUUCUUCUUCCUUUCUGCUAAAUCUCAAUUUCAAUGUCAACAAUCCCUCUCAAUAAAUAAAUAAUUAAAUAAUUGAAAAUGUUAGCUGCUGCGCCGUCUUCUUCAGCUUGUCGGCUUCACUCUCCAUUUCUGUACUGCCCACUCAAGCUCUCUUCUCCCACCAAAUCCCUUACAUCUACUCAACGCUCUCCGCCGCCUCCGUAUCCAUGUAUCAGAGCCGCCGAUCUCGACCAGAACACAAUAGUGGCAAUUACAGUUGGGGUAGUCAGCGUAGCUGUUGGGAUUGGGAUUCCUGUUUUCUAUGAAAGCCAAAUUGACAGUGCUUCGAAAAGAGACAAUACUCAACCAUGCUUCCCCUGCAAUGGCAGUGGUGCUCAGAAAUGUAGAUUCUGCACGGGUAGUGGGAAUGUGAUAGUUGAUCUUGGUGGAGAAGAAAAGGAAGUUUCUAGAUGCAUCAACUGUGACGGGGCUGGUUCUUUGACAUGCACCACGUGCCAAGGCAAUGGAAUUCAACCUCGGUACCUUGAUCGCAGAGAAUUCAAGGAUGACGAUUAAACCGUGUGGAGAAUGUGACAGCAUACAGAAGAGGAAUUCUUUGAUGCCUUAUUGACUUGUUCGCGCGGCAUUAACACGUUUUUUUUUUCUUUUUUUUUUUUUUUGUUUUUCGGGAACCUAUGUAUUUUCGAAAUGACUUAAUACAGUUUGUUUAAUUGAAUUGGCAGAUUAUGUGUAUUUAUCUGUGAAUGAGAGAGUGUUUACAGUUUGAAGAAUAUUAUAA